AAAUAAUCGUUUUUGAAUCAAAAACCAUUUGCUACACAACAACGUUUAAUUUCCACUAAAUGGUCGUUAAUGGGCAGACGCGUUUGGAGUUUAAAAACCGUUUUUGAAACCCCCCCAUUGCCACUACGGUAUCUACAGGAGCUUCAGUAUGCUGCCGAUACGUACCAAAUCGGUACAUCGGUCUGCCGGUCUGCGCGGAUUUGAGCUAUUUCAAACGUACAACACUGGAAUCCAUUAUCCAUCCAGGUCUUUUCCAAACGAACCAUCAUAAACUUAGAAUCCCUUUAUUAACAUCCUCAAUUCCACCAAUUUAUCAUCGUCAACCAUGAACCCCUCGCCGAAGGGAUUCAUGAGCAAUGUUCUACAUCGGUAGACUAUGAUUUUCAGGAAGUCAACUAUCGCGCUUUGCUCCAGCUCCAAUCUCCCCUCCUUCCUUUCGCCGCCGCCGCACCUUUUCAGUGGCCAUUGCAUAACGUCAUCAUGUAAUUCGACCACCCAACGGCCUCAAUGGUCUCCAAAUAGGGACUACGGACAUAUAAUUCCUCGAAAACGAUGCUAUGCUACCGUUUCUGAUGGGCCGAAGAAGCCGGACGCCUCUUCUCCCGAGCAUCAUGCUUGGCCUUCGUCGUCGCAACCAACACCCUACGAGAUAUUCGACCAACAAAAGACUGCGCCUUACAGCAAAUCCAAGUUUUAUGAAUUGGUCAAGCUCUAUCACCCAGAUCGACACCACCAUACUCAUCACCACUCCUUGUCGCAUUCAACUAGGCUAGAACGCUAUCGCCUGAUCGUGGCUGCAAAUCAAAUCCUUAGCGACCCGACCAAGCGUCGCGCAUACGAUCUGUACGGCUCGGGAUGGAGCGGAGUACGGAGUACAGAGAACAUCUACCGCUCCGUCGAUAAGUCAUGGCGGGACAUGCCCGGAAACGCUAGCAUGAACGCGACGUGGGAGGACUGGGAACGGUGGUACCAGGAACGGGACGGGAAAAAACAGGAGCAGCAGCCGAUAUACAUGUCUAACUCACUUUUCGCAAGUAUGCUGUGUAUGUUUGUCAUCGUUGGAAGUCUUGGUCAAGCUCAACGAGCAGGCACGAAUUCGAUGAAUCUCGUGGAGAUGAAGGACAAGCACCACGAGGCUAUCAACCACGACAUGAGAAAGCGGGAGCUCUAUCAAGCACCCCUCAGUAGAGGUGAGAGAGUCGAGCACUUCCUAAGACAAAGAGAAGGUUGGGCUCUCGCUUCGUCGCCUGACUCUUCCAAAUCACCUACUUCUGAUAAGGAAUAACUUGGGUAUUAUAAACCCCUAAAAGUUCUAUCCUAACAAUGCUAUUAUAUGUUUACGCAAUGCACAUUCUGUAUUUGGUCGUAUAACCUAAAGUAAUCAUACACUACAUAGGUAGGUAUACGGUUCAUAUAGGAUUCACAUAGCAUGUAAUAUAAUAUGGCAUAUACUUGAUA